AUGAUCUCCAACAUUGAUCACAUCUGUGGGCUGCCGCGGCUGGAGACGCUACAGGCAGGGCACAACCGUCUCUCACAGCUGGAGGCUGUGGCCCGUCUGGCCUCCUGUCCUGUGCUCUCCUGCCUCGACCUCUCCCACAACGGCAUCCACCACCCCGACGUGGUCCAGGUGCUGGGGAGCAUGCGGGGGCUGCGGGUGGUGCAGCUGACGGGGAACCCUGCGGUGCGGGAAGUGAGGGCCUACAGGAACACCUUGGUCGUCACCUGCGCCAACCUCACCUACCUGGACGACCGGCCGGUCUUCCCUGUGGACCGCGCCGCCGCUGAGGCCUGGAGCGAGGGCGGCCUGGAGGCUGAGAGGCGGACCAGGAGGGAGUGGGCCGAACGGGACUACCAACGCCAGCGAGACUGUGUCAAUGACGUGUUGAAGCUUCGUGAGAGGGUGUUGGCUGCACGAGCGGCGAGGGGCCCAGCGGACACCCCCUCACAGACAGACAUGGGCAUCUAUGUGGAGGACACCGGCACAGAAAAGAUCUAUGCUCUUACUCCUGCCGCUAAAGCCUGGGCCCAGAGCAGAGUGCAGAAGUUGAGGGCGAGAGUGCAGGCUGAGAACCAGGCAUGGAACAGCGAUGAUAUUGUAGUCCACGACGACAGUGGCAUCACUUGUAGUGACUCUGACGUCUCUCAGAGCCAGGACCUGGAGUGCAAAGAAGAGGAUGACUUCCCAGAUGACAAGGCCUUCAACAAACUUCUCGAAAACUUGUCAGAUGAAACAGAAUUUAGUGGCUUGAAACGAAUUCAGGAAAUAGAGGAAUCCAACGAGGAUGCAAAUGUUACUGGCGUGAGAGAGGCAAUUGAUUCUAAGGAAACUGAAACUGUAAAUAACCUUUACUCCUGUCAAGAAGUUGUAUCCCAAAGCAGUUCUAAAGAUUUGAAAGAAGUGAUUGAUGAUGAGCAGAUCAAUUUACCGUCGGCUAUAAAAGACUCUGUGGAAGAGCCACUGGUGUCCGAAGUCUUAGACAAAAGUAAACUCCUUCCGGAGAACUCUUCCAUAUUAUCGAAAUCCGAGGCUAGUAUUGAAGAUAACUGCUCGAGCUGGUCCUCAGCUUGCGCACACAAGACGGAAGAUGACCAAUUGUUAUUUAACAGCUGUCACAAUUUCCUUAAGAUCCACAGCUCAGCGUCGGAAGACGGGCAGUCAAGUAGUGGUCUAACUCAAGACAACGAGGAGCUGCUUGGAGAGAUCUGGGACGCUGUUGAGGUUGUAGAAAGACGACCGUCGUUGGAGGUGGACUCUGACGCCGAGGGCCAAGCCUACCUGCGACAGCUCGUAGCUCACCACAACUCUCACCAACACAAUGACUCAGACAUCGAAGAAAUGUUAGAAAAUAUGGAAUUUGAAACAGACGAUUUUGAAUCAGUGUACGAGCGACAUAGCCUGGUGGGGGCGAGCCGCUCACAGGGGACACCAGACGACAGCCCGUCAGAUGACGACGAUGACGUGGGCGAGACACUAAACAAUGGAGUGACGAGGAACAUGAAUGGUGUCGAUAAUAACAAUGACACUCCUCCCGCUGGAGUGCCAGUGUUCGGCGAGAGGUGGAUGGAGGAGGCCAGACGAAGGAUCAUUGAGGAUGAAGACUGGCAGGAGGAAGUAGAGGCCUCCAGCAACUCGUCCGAGCAGGACGAGAGCGUAGACGAACUCAACGUAGAAACUCCAGAUGAAACCAGCCUGGUCGAGGAAGAGUCAAGUUUGGCUGAUGGCGACAGUCACGAAAGCUUGUUUGAAGAGGAGAGUGUGAGCUCCAUUUCUCCGAUAUUUGAGAAGGGCAGAGAAGUUCAAAGACUUUUAGAAUGUAAUUCACCAUUAGUGAAAAGUUUGUCGCUUAGUCAGAUAGUGAAAUGUGAUGCUCUAGAACCCACAUCAGAAUUUGAGGAUCCAGACACAAGUUCUUCCUGUUCGAGCCUCAGUCCGUCCUCUUUGCCUGACUCCCCGGCCCAUGAGAGUACAGGGGUGGUGCAGAUUGCUGCUCAAAACUGUAGCAUAAGGGAGUGUAAGUACACACGUCCCGACACAAGCAGAGUAUCGCUUUCUUAUAAUAACUCUGCGGAUUCAACAUUUGAUCUCAACACUGUGUCUGACCAGAAAACAUGCUCCGCCAGCGACGGUUCUCAACCACGAGAAACCAUGAAAGAGUUGCAGUUGGCUGCGACGGAUUGUACAGAGGACACAUGUAUCCUACAGCCACGUGUUGGCCACCCGUCCAGCUCCAGCUGUGGCCACCAGGUUACCCCACGAGAUGCAGAGGUAGGAAGUGGAGAGACGAGCAGAGAUAUGGGUGAAGCACAACACGUGACGAGGGACAAUGAGACGAGGGAAGGCAUGAGACACUUGGCAAGGAACGAGGAGACGAGGGGACGUGUUGGGCACGUGACGAGGGACGCAACGACCCUGGCAGGAAGCUCCUGGGCCCAUACCAGGCAUCGGGAGUCCAUCUUCAACACUCGUGACGCCCUCAGGAGCUCCCACGAAGCCUUCGUCAGGGGACACAACAUCGGAAACUUGUUGGCGACGGGAAGCAGCGACGACACCAGAGCUGGGGUCGAGGCUGCGCUGGUCUCCUCUACAGGCCGUCUCUUCCAGAUAUCCCGUGAUACAUGCAACUUACAGAGCGUCAUCGCAGAGGAGGACUCUGAAGUCAGCUACCUGUUCUUUGGUGAGGAAAAAAGCAGUCACAGUGCCAAGGGGAGCGAGGUCUAUGUUUAUAAAUCAAGCGAGGUCUGUGAUUCUAAAUCAAGCGAGGUCUGUGAUUCUAAAUCAAGCGAGGUCUAUGAUUCUAAAACAAGCGAGGUCUAUGUUUAUAAAUCAAGCGAGGUCUAUGAUUCUAAAACAAGCGAGGUCUAUGAUUCUAAAUCAAGCGAGGUCUAUGAUUCUAAAUCAAGCAAGGUCUAUGAUUCUAAAACAAGCAAGGUCUGUGAUUCUAAAUCAAGCGAGGUCUAUGUUUAUAAAUCAAGCGAGGUCUAUGAUUCUAAAACAAGCGAGGUCUAUGAUUCUAAAUCAAGCGAGGUCUAUGAUUCUAAAUCAAGCGAGGUCUAUGAUUCUAAAACAAGCAAGGUCUAUGAUUCUAAAUCAAGCGAGGUCUAUGAUUCUAAAACAAGCGAGGUCUAUGAUUCUAAAACAAGCAAGGUCUAUGAUUCUAAAUCAAGCGAGGUCUAUGAUUCUAAAACAAGUGAGGUCUAUGAUUCUAAAACAAGCAAGGUCUAUGAUUCUAAAACAAGUGAGGUCUAUGAUUCUAAAACAAGUGAGGUCUAUGAUUCUAAAACAAGUGAGGUCUAUGAUUCUAAAACAAGUGAGGUCUAUGAUUCUAAAACAAGUGAGGUCUAUGAUUCUAAAACAAGAGAGGUCUAUGAUUCUAAAACAAGCGAGGUCUAUGAUUCUAAAUCAAGCGAGGUCUAUGAUUCUAAAUCAAGCAAGGUCUAUGAUUCUAAAACAAGAGAGGUCUAUGAUUCUAAAACAAGUGAGGUCUAUGAUUCUAAAACAAGUGAGGUCUAUGAUUCUAAAACAAGUGAGGUCUAUGAUUCUAAAACAAGCGAGGUCUAUGAUUCUAAAACAAGCGAGGUCUAUGAUUCUAAAUCAAGCGAGGUCUAUGAUUCUAAAACGAGGAGAUUGUCAUCACUGAUACAAAAAUAA